GACCCGGAGAAGAAGCUGUGGAUCGGGAACAUUCCGGAGCAGGCGAAGUGGAAGGACCUCCAGGCCUUGGUGGACGAGGUCGGUGGAAAGAGCAAAUGGGUCGAAGUCUUCCGUGGAAAGGGCAAAGGCACUGCAGCAGUCGUGUAUGCCACUGCGGAGGAGGCCCAGGCCGCGAAGUCCGCACUGAACGGCGCGGAUUUGUGCGGCUCCUCGAUUGUCGUGGACGCUUGGGAGCGAGGACGGUAUGGGGAUUUUUAG